AUGGAAGAUCCACACGACCUCUCCUUCUCUUCCAGUCUGCCGCCUCGGGCGUCCAUGGUCGAGAAUAUGGCCCUGGCACUAGACCAGUUCUCUUCCGGUUUCUUCGACUCGCCGUCUUCGAACUAUGUUCCGCGCUCGAACAGCUACGUACACAAUGAUGGAAGAGUCCGGGGCCAUACUUUUUCAUCCUCUGUGUCCUCUGAAGGCGACAUUCGCACCCCCACAAUCACGUCAAGUCUCCCACGCGUCAAUCCACGCGACAGUGCCAAAUAUCAGAAGAACCUGGCGAAGCUACCUAGUAUAUUUGGUGAAGAUGAGGACUCUGUUCGCGUGAAAGUCUACGACGCACAACGUGCGGGGCCCUCCAAGCCGAGAGUUAGACGACCAACGAAAGGCAGCGCCAAUAGCACUACUUCAAGCAUUGACCUGGGCCAUCUUGCUGCAUUCACUGGCCGGAUGGGUCCGGCAGGAAACCGCAGAUCUCGUAGCUUCGACUUUGGCUCAACUUCAAGGCCCUCCAAUACCUUGAAUACCUCUGACGGUCCCGAAAUUACAGCCAUGCCUGUCUUAGCCGCUGGUCCCGACGGCCAGGGCAGCCCUUCGAAAUCGGCCUUUCCUGUUCAGCCUCCUGUUCGAAAGAACAGUACACGAUCCUCAAAAAGUGCCGUAGCUCGGAAAGGCCGCUCAGGUACUCUUGGUACUUCAGCCAUCAAGUCAAAGCCCGGUGAGGCGCUACCUCCGAUGCCUGUUCGGACCGGCGUGAUCUCGGAUAAUCCCUCUCCUCAAGAGCCAGCAUUUGCGCCCAAACCCGGAUUCUUUAGGCGAGUAUUUGGGUCUUCGAGGUCUGCUUCUCACAACGAAACUGCUCUUCAAAGCGCACAGCCCUCCAGGCCCUCGCAGGAGUUGAGCACUCCUUCAUCAAAGCUGCACAAACCUACGAGGACAUCAACCGAGCUGUCUGCCAACAAAGAAAACCAGCAUCCGAUUUUGAGCAAGAAGCCAUCAUCCUUCUUCAGACGGCGCAAAAAGUCGAUCUCAAACACGCCGCCUCCGCCUCUGCCCCUGACUCUUACUACAGACCACCACUCGGCAGCAAUCAUGGGCGAACCAAGCCCCAUUAGCAGCUUGAGAGCUUUCAUGGACCCUUACCUUGUCAACAACGAAUCAGACCCUCCAAUGAAACAGCGGGCUGGGUCUAAAGACAGCUUUCACACCCCUAAUAUAGGGAUUCCGAACGAGGACGGGACAAGAACUCCAACAACUGGGUCUCAUCGCCGGCACGGAUCGCGAACGGAUGCUCAGACCAUCAGACAGAUCUCAACACUCGGAGUGCCUCACCAGGAUUCUUUUCUGGCCGAUAGUAGCAGUACCGAACGCAGUGCCCGACCUUCGCCUCGUGACCCGAGCCCAGCAUCAAAUUUCAGCCAACACGGAAAGCCAUCUGCCUCAUAUACUUCGUCGAGGACUGAUUCGCCCACGCCGAUGCUUGGUGCUGUCCAGCGCCCCAAAGUAACCGACAGACAGUCAUCAUGGAGCUCUGUGACCGGCGAUUUGGCUGUAGGGCGUGCAGCGUCCAACGGCCAGAACAGCCGAAAUGUGUCCACCAGCAGCAAUGUCUCAUCGACUCUUGACAUGCCAUUACAGACGUCACGUGGUUCUCCACCAUCUACGUCUCCUGUCAGCGACUACCGUUCUGCGCCGAGCACACCUGUACCAACCGAAGCCAAGAAGCCCCCUCUCACCGUGCACGUAUCUCAUCCUAGCAUCAGCGGUCAACCUACAGAAUCACCCACCGUCAAAGCGCGAAAGAUCUUUGACAAUUCCGAUGAGCUGCUUGGUCAAGAUGUCGCAGCAGCUUGGCUGGGGGAAGCAGGCCCAGAGAGGGAGAAGGUUCGUUCUGCGUUUAUGGAGCUGUUUGACUUCACGCACAUAAACAUACUCGUAUCUUUGCGCAGACUCUGUGACACUAUCAUUCUGAAAGGCGAGACACAGCAAAUGGAUCGGUUGCUGUUGGCAUUUGCUCAACGCUGGUGUGCUUGCAACCGGACACAUGGGUUCAAGUCUAGCGACGUGGUCCACACCAUUUGCUAUUCUAUUCUGCUUCUCAACACGGACUUGCACUUGGCAGAUAUUGGCCAGAAGAUGACGAAGAACCAAUUCGUGCGUAAUGCACUGCCCACCAUCAUGGGAGUGGGCGACGAAAACUCCGAAGCGGACUAUCUGAAAGCGGGCUCUAGACCCUCCCCGAUAGCCGAGCAUGGUCGGCCAUCCUCAACCGAUGCAGAAUCCACGAUGCGUCUGUCAAAGCGCCCGGUCGACCGCCUUGCCCGCGAGGACUCGGCUGAUGUCGAUGUCAAUGCCACGGGUGGUCCACUGAUUGAUGCGCCGUACAAUGGAUCAGAACGUGGCUGGGAGGCUCAGAUCGAGGCUGUGCUUCGUGCGUUCUAUACUUCAAUCUCGCAGCAACCAUUGCCGCUCUUCGGAUCUACAGAGACGGCUGCUUCAGCCCCAGCAAAGGAAAAUCUACUCAGUCUGGGUGCCAAUAUGUUGAGGCGAACACCCAGCACCAUUAGUAAGGCCCAUUCAGACAUGAAUCGACCACGCUACGCGCCAGAGAGCAAGUCUCUGGGAACCCGGUGGGCGACAAAGGCUAGAUCGCGGCCGAGGCUACCAUCGGCGCCAGGCUUUGGCUCUAGUAGGACCAGCCUAGAUGAGCAGUCGUCAACGUGGAGCCCGUCGUUGUCAAGUACCUGGAGCAAGGUGUCGCUGGGGAAGACGUUAACCUCUAUGUCAGUAGACUCCUUUGGCACUGAAGCUACCCACGGCGAUUAUCAGUCAUCUAUCGGAUUUGCCAACGCCUUGAGCCAAGCCAUCAUACGAGAAGAUCAAUUCGAGAUCAAUUCGGACGAAGGUGGUAUGAAAGCCGGUCCUCUUCUGGAGGACGAGUCUCUCGAGCUUUCCGGGGCGCCGUGGGCUAAGGAAGGUAUUCUGAAGCACAAGUGUCAUCUAGAAGGCGUUGACAAGCGGUCGAAAGAUCGUAACUGGAACGACUGUUUCGCGGUCAUCGAACGUGGAUGGAUGCGUCUCUUCUCAUUUUCGAUGACGGCCAAAUCAUUGCGCACGAAAGCAAAAAGCCAGAAAACCAGCGGUGUGGUGGGUGGUGGCAAUUGGCAAGACAACGCCGAAGAGGUGUGGAAAUUCAUGCUGCGACACGCCAUCGCCAGUGCUCUACCGCCGCCAGGAUACUCCAAAACGAGACCUUACGUAUGGGCUCUCAGCCUUCCCACAGGAGCUGUGCACCUUUUUUCUGUCGGCACUCCGGAUAUCGUCAAGGAAUUUGUCUGUACGGCCAAUUUCUGGAGUGCGCGCCUGUCUAAAGAGCCUAUGAUGGGCGGCGUUAGCAACAUGGAGUACGGUUGGAGUGACGCAGUCAUCAAUCGCGCACUCAUUAAUUCGGACUCAUCUCGCGCGACGGGCAGUAGCAGCGGCUCCCGACCCAGCACGCAAAUGUCAAUCCGUAGCUCGAUCGAUCAGAACGGUACAGUGAGGCCGAAAUUAGCAGGCGACCGCGCCUACAUCAAUGAAUGGAACCCCCCUCAGCAGUCGAUGUUUGCGUCGCAGCUGCUGGAGGUCGAUCAGCUGCGGGCUUUGCAGGCAUACGUGCAUGGUGUGGAAGAAGAGCUUCAGAAACACAAUGAGCUCCGGGCUCCGAUGCAGCUGGCGUACUCGUCCAGACAUAUCAACGCGAGCAAAGCGAUGAACAAUUGGGAGAAGAAAAGCAGCUACCUAUUGCGGGAGAUUGUCAAGUUCAGAACGUACAUUGACACACUACAGAAUGCGCAGGCUACGAAGGAACGAAUUCACAAGAUGAGGAAGCAGGAGGAGGAGAAUCGACAGGUUCAAGACGACCUCAACAACCUUCUCGGCCAGCAGUGA